GCGGAGUUUCCUGUUGGGAAACGCGCUUGUUUAAGGCGGCCAAAAGAAGGGUAUGGAAGAGUUCGUCACGACUGACAGUUGCCGUGCAUUCGCAUUCGCUGCAAUAGCUGCCAGAGCACGUAAAAACAGAAAUAGACCCGUUUCUCGUCUUGAUUCAACGCGAAGAGACGCGAACCGCAACGACACCCUCCUUUGUUUGUUUGCAAUUCGUGGCGAUUUGUUGCCCAGCCGUCGGCUUGUUAGCUACUUCAAUCCGGUCAAACCAACUUUAACAGCUCUGAGGAUCCAAGUCGAGAGGAACUUGACGGGCCAAUCUACGUCUUUAAUGGUACUUACCGGGCUGUCGCACGCUUUCUAUUGUACCCUUCCUAUAUGCACGGGCAACAGUCCGCUGUCGCGGCUGCGUCAAACUUGUUGGUUCGUCGGGCUUACUGCGGCACGGGUGUACGGAACCCGACCAGGCGAAAUGGGUACCAUCGGACCUAGAGGGUGUCAACGAAAAAACAAUUAUGAAGCGACCCCAAUAUUAACAUAGUUCCCGUUCUCUUGGUUUCUGCUGGCCCGCUUCGUUCGUUACGCGGAAUUUGCCAUAAUUUGCAGCAAAGCUAGACUGUCAAGAUCUCCGACAUUUUCAAUUUACUCUAUCCGCUCACGGCUCGUCCUGCUUGUCCCUUCUUCCCUACCGCAACCGCCGCAGCAGCAUCGAUCCCCUUGGCACAUUGGUGGAUCUGCAAUUUGAUCACUGCUGUGCGCAUCAAAGGUUGACGGGUCCCAUUCCUUCCUCCCUCCUUCGACUAGCGUUUCUUGUAAACAGCUGUCCUUUAAAAUGUCACGGUCUUCCAACAUCUUUUCUGGCCGAUCCAGUACAUCACUAGGGGGAGCGAUGGUCGGGCAAGUACCAGUGCACAUCAAUCCCUUUCCGUCCUUUGAUGCUCCGCCCACCCCACCCCGUACAAACUCGACCGAUUCGACGGCUAGCACAUCCACCACCACAUCUGAACGAGAAACUUCCCGACGUUCGCUCCACUCCGUCCGUACCUACCAGCGUCGAUCGGGUUCUUCGUCCACCCGAGCAUCUCCAGGACGGAGUGGGCAACAGCAUAGUGUACCUUCGCAAUCAUCUGUUGCCGCCUCCGCGUCUGCUCACCGAGCAGCUAUGAUUCAUGCUAUGAUGCAGCAAGCAGCCAGACAUGCCGCAGUCACCUCAUCUCAGCAGCAACAGCAGCGAACGCUUCAGCCGCAACCACGUACUCCUCAUAGGCGGCUGUUCCAACCGCUGCCUUCUGCAACCACGCCCCCGGCUCACUCCCCAUUCCGGCCGGUAACUGGUAGUGGAACAGUGAAUCCCUCCGUGCACCCACAAUUCAGAUCAAAAGCUGUUUGUAAGCUAUUCUGCCGCCAUUGUACUAGCAUCAUGUGUCGAAGGGGAAUGAAAGCAAUCCUUCUGGGAAAUACAAAAGUCGAAUUGUAUUCAACUGAUACCCCACCCACUGGCGUGCAAUUGGUUUAUAGCGACUAUCUCACCCAGAAUUGCUCAUGCCGUAUUCGUGACGCUGCAUGUUUGGGAUGCGGGAACGUUGUUGGUUAUCACGUAACACAGCCGUGCGAAAAAUGCCUUGAGGCUUGCAACAAUGGUCAUUUUUGGAUGUUUCUCUCGGAAGGCGUGCAGCCUGUCGAACGAUUCGAUGCCUCCGGUUCAAAACUGCUGCGAUGGGCAUCACUACCUUGCGCGGAAGAAGAUAAGGACGAAAGCGACCCAACGGAUCACUACGAUACCGUGUGCCGCUAGUGACAAAACGUAGAACACCAAGUACACAUACGUAGAUUGUGUGACGAACAGCAGAAUGGCAAAUGAGGGGCUGAUAGAGGUUGGGGAAGGAUGUGAGUCUGAAUCUGGCACUUUCACACUUGUUUGUAUACACUUUUUGCAUGGAUGGAAACGGCGGGCUCUGAUGCGUUGGGUAUUGGUUUAAAAUGUCGACGGAUGACGAAAAGAGAUUCAGAUUCUCCAAAAUUUUAGAAGAAAUAAAGUAUGCCAUACAUAGACA